AUGGUUCUCUCUCCGACCCUCAUAAGGGGUCUUGAUGCGCAACCACCCGAUGCGGCCCUGCAUGGUAUCACCUUGGACGACCUUGUCAAAGUGACUUUAGGGCACGGUGGAGGCCUGUCGGGUCACACAACGUUGAGCGACUCCGACGACUACCCUCCACGUCCAGUACUUGCCCGAAACACCAGUCUUCGGGACAUCCGGAAGGAUGAGAAGAAGCUCGGUAAAGGUAGCUUUGGUGAAGUCCUAUGUGUCAAGAUCCGCGGUGACCCCUCUGGUAAGGGCCUCGUUGCCCAUCGCCCUUCCCAAGCCUCUUAUACAGGCCGUCUCUAUGCCCUCAAAACUCUCCGUAAACGUGAUGUUGAGCAAGGGCACCUGGCAGCCCAAGUGGAGCGAGAGAUCUCGGUUCAAUCCCGGCUACCGGCACAUUCUAACAUACUCCGACUCUACUCCCAUUUUGAGGACAGGGAGCACGUCUAUCUACUACUAGAAUACUGUGCCAAGGGUGAACUCUACCACCUCCUGCGGACCCAGCAGAAACGGCGCUUCCCUGUAGAAAGAGCGGCUCGAUACUUCCUGAUGGCCGCCCGAGCGGUGGCUCAUCUGCACUCCCACGGUAUCAUGCAUCGUGACAUAAAACCGGAGAACUUGCUUGUCGCAGCUGACGAUACUCUAAAGCUGGCCGACUUUGGUUGGUGUGCCGAGUUCCCCGCUCCUGUAGUAUCUGGUUAUACUACGCGAAGUCAUGCUAGAAGACAUACCUUCUGUGGCACUCUGGACUACCUCUCUCCAGAGAUGUUGCUGGGUCGUGGGCACGACCACAGCAUAGACCUGUGGGGCCUAGGCAUUCUGCUGUAUGAGCUGCUGGCUGGACGCCCACCCUUCAAUGCAACUGACCAGAGGACUGUCGUCAGCAAUAUCAUUAACGUGAAGUGA